UUAAAAUUUCAAUCAAGUUUAUUUAUUUACCUACUUUAAAAGUUUAUGGUAUUUUAUGAACUAAAUAUUGUAAAGAUUUAAAAGCGCCGUUUUUUAGAAAAAAAUACUACUUAAACUACCAAUGUAAUGAACUUAAGAAUGCGCUCUUGGUGGCUAUCGCGCUCUUAGAAAUAUAUUUUCAUUUGCAGUUGCAAACAAAGAAAGAACCAUUAACUUUACAAUGGAUAAGUCACGAUUUUCCUUACUUCUCUUAGAACCAGGGGAAGUCUACUUUGAAGAUUUUUCUUGUACUUUAAAUGAUAGAAAUAAUUUAAAUGAAGGCAACCCAAGACAUGGUUGUUUGAAACUCUGUUCCAAAUCAUUAGUAUUUGAGCCCAGAGAAUGGGCAUGCCCCCUUGUGAAACUCUAUUUUAGAGAUUGUAAUAAUAUCUGUAUAGUGAAACCGCAGUUAAGUGAUAUAGUAAGCAACAUCAUCAGGGUAAAAAUGAAACAAUAUGCGGAGAUGCUUGAGGAAAAUAUAUUAGCACCAUAUAAAUUUAUGUAUGAGGAAAAAGAGUUUUUCAUAUUCUUUGAUUUUGCAUCUGCUGAAGAAUGCUUGAGUCAAAUGGAGCAACUGCAGAGAGCAUCCACACUGCAUGCACCAGAGCACAACAGCAUGGUUGCAACCAUACUUCAUUCUCGAUAUAUGCGUAUGGUUUUUGACCCAGUAAUGAUGGACGAUUUUACUGAGCAAAUAAUUUGUGAGUUGCAAGCUGAAAAAAUAUCACCACUGGUCAGGCAUCAAGGAAAACUGGCAAUAACACCCACUACCAUUUACUUUCAGCCAUUCAGCAAUGUUGAGAGUAGUCCCAUUUUAAAAUUGAAAUUGCGUGAUCUGAGAAGAAUAUACAGAAGGAGAUUUUUACUAAGGCAAGUUGGUUUAGAGUUGUAUAGUCUAGAAAAUAGUAUGGUUCCUCAUAUAUAUUUAACUUUCCAAUGUGAAGGUGAUAGGGAGAGAACUUAUAAUAUCUUGGAAGAGUCACCAAAUGUUAAUCUAGUGAAAAGACAUGCUGAAGAAAUGACUAUGCAAUGGCAGAAUGGUAUUGUGUCUAACUAUGACUAUUUAAUAUACCUAAACUGCCAAGCAGAUAGAAGUGAGAAAGAUUUAACUCAGUACCCCGUUUUUCCAUGGGUGGUGGCAGAUUAUACAUCUGAAACAUUAGAUUUGGACAGAAUAGAGACAUUUAGGGAUCUUUCUAAGCCCAUGGGAGCUUUAAAUCCAGAUCGUCUAGAGAAAUUAAAAGAAAGAUUUCAUGAAAUGAAUGAGCCUAAAUUCUUGUAUGGAUCACAUUAUUCAGCCCCAGGUCUUGUGCUAUUUUACCUUGUUCGAAAGUAUCCACAAUAUAUGCUAUGUUUACAGAAUGGUAGGUUUGAUCAUCCCGACAGAAUGUUUAAUUCCGUCAAAGACGUUUAUAAUAACUGUUUACGUAAUAUGUCGGAUUUUAAGGAAUUAGUACCAGAGUUUUACAAUACGGACACUAAAGGCGACUUUUUAGUGAAUAUGUAUGAGAUAGAUUUCGGGGAACGACACGAUGGAACGAAAGUAAACGACGUAGCAUUGCCUCCCUGGGCGGCGUCGCCUGAAGACUUCGUCUCAAAGCUGAGGCAGGCUUUGGAGUCUGAUUAUGUUUCCAGGCACCUGCACCUUUGGAUAGAUUUGAUAUUCGGAUAUAAACAAAGAGGCGAAGAGGCAGUGAAAGCAGAUAACGUUUUCCAUCACGUAUGCUACGAAGGGGCCGUGGAUCUCGAGCGUAUAUUGGACAUGAACGAUAGACACGCCCUAGAAGUUCAAAUUAUGGAGUUCGGUCAAGUGCCCAAACAGCUGUUCACAAAACCGCACGUCAGAAAAAUUGGACAUGUGAUAGAGAAGACUUUAAGUUGUAACCCAGCGCCCGUCACCUCCUAUAAAGUUGAAUGCUUGGAUGUCAUAACUCUUCAUAAAGAAGCGGUCACGUGCGCCUUGCGUCAGGGCCCCAGAAUCAUUUCUGUAGGCAAAGACGGCGCUCUAAAAGUGUACGACGUAGAACAAAAGAAGCAAAUACGAAGUAUAACCUUGUGUCUCACCCCAUUGAGCUCGUGUGUGAUGAUCGAUGACAAUAUUGUCGCUGCUGGUUCUUGGGACAAUGAAAUAUACUUGUAUGAUGUGGAGUACGGAAGAAAAGUAGAGAGUUUUCGCGCCCACGAUGAUUCUGUCACCUGUUUGCUGUGGUUGGAAAAUGAACGGCUUCUAAUAUCCGGCGGUGCCGACGGAGUGGUCCGUGUGUGGGGCAACGUGGGUCGCGCGGGGCAGGCGUUGCGUGGACUGCGGGCCGAGUUCGACCACGACGGGAGCGUUGCCACGCUGGCGUACAGGCGCUCCGGUCAAGAGGUGGACAUUAUGGCGGGCACGAGCGACGGCGAGGUUUCAAUAUGGCGGCUGCGAACUAGACAGAGGCUAAGCGUGUCGCGCGUACACUCGGCCGCAGUUACUGCUUGCUUGGUUUUACCCGCCGCUCGUCUUCUCACCGCCAGCGAGAACUGCGAUUUGUUCGUCACGGAUCUUAGUGUAGCCCACACGGUUUAUGAGACUCGCCUUCCAUCAGCGGCGCACUGCUGUCAUUGGGACGGGCGUGCAGUGGUGUGGCUGGGUUGUGACGGCGCGCUACUGCAGUGGGAUAUGUUAGCCGUCGCUCAUACCGACCAUCACUGCGCACACCAAGGUACAGUGACUAGCAUUUACUUAGACGAAGCAACUAAUACUUUGAUCACAGCUAGCCACGAUAAGACAGUGAAGUUGUGGCAACUUACGCCGAAUUCCUGACGAAAUCACCUUUUUACUAUCCGUUAUACAG